AUAUAAGUCUGAUAGAUGAACAUUAUAUCAUUUCUGGUACUGUAUGCUUAGUAGAUUGCAAAGAAAGUUCAUGUAGUAUGGGAUUGAUUUCCCAUAAAUCAGCAAAAAUACGGAACAAAUAUAAUAUUAAAUUCUUAUCUGCCAAUAUCUCUAAACCACAAAGUUGUGUUCAUUUAGGUAAUAGAAUACUACAGUUUUCAGAAGCUGUAUUAGGUAUUACAAGUGGAAUUCCCAUUAUUGGGCUUUCAAUAUAAUACAUUUAACGUUGUAUAUCUAAUAUUGAAAUGAAAAAGACAAGUAACAAAGGACAAACAUAUGCUUCCAGUCAAGAAGACAGUGAAAAUGACAGUGAUGAAACUGAAUGUAGUAUUGGUAGUAAUUCAACAGCUGGAACCCAUCGUAGCGAUACACCUACACGCAGUGCUCGUUAUAGAAGAAAAGGUCGCCGUAGAAGCAAAACUGCAAAGUAUAAAUCUUGCACAGAUAAACCUCUUUAUAAAUACUGCUGCAGUGUUAAGGAAGAUCAUGGGCAACCAUUGUUUGGCGUACAGUUUAAUCACCAUUUAAAAGAAGGAGAACCAUUGAUAUUUGCUUCUGUAGGAAGUAAUCGAGUAAGCAUUUAUGAAUGUCCCGAAGGAGGCAAUAUUAGACUACGUCAGUGCUAUGCAGAUCCUGAUCCAGAAGAAAAUUUUUAUACUUGUACUUGGACUUAUGAUGACUCUGGGAAACCUCUACUAGCAGUGGCAGGAUCACGCGGUGUAGUUAGAGUAAUCAGUCCUGUAACCAUGACAUGUAUUAAACAUUAUAUUGGGCAUGGUCAUGCAAUAAAUGAAUUAAAAAUUCAUCCUAAAGACCCAAAUAUAUUGCUCUCAGCAUCGAAAGAUCAUGCUCUGAGGUUAUGGAAUAUAAAAACAGAUGUGUGUAUAGCAAUUUUUGGUGGAGUUGAAGGUCACAGAGAUGAAGUCUUAAGCGCAGAUUUUGAUAUGAAAGGAGAACGUAUUAUUUCAUGUGGCAUGGAUCAUGCCUUAAAACUAUGGUCACUAGAUAAACCAGAUAUGCAGGAAGCAAUAAAGCAAUCCUAUUACUGUAAUCCCAGUCGUAAUGGGAGACCUUUUGAUUCUAUACUGCAACAUUUUCCAGACUUCACUACACGUGAUGUACAUCGUAAUUAUGUUGAUUGUGUUAAAUGGUAUGGUGACUUUAUUUUAAGUAAAUCUUGUGAAAACUGUAUUGUAUGUUGGAAACCAGGCCGUCUUGAAGAUUCUCAAUUGCGUAACGGAGAAACGAGUGCUACAGUUUUACAUCGAUUUGAAUUUAAAGAAUGUGAUAUAUGGUUUAUAAGAUUUUCAAUGGAUUUCUGGCAACGCACAAUAGCUUUAGGAAAUCAAGUUGGCAGGACGUAUGUAUGGGAUUUAGAAGUUGAUGAACCUGGUCAAGCACGUUGUUAUUCGCUCCAACAUCCUAGAUGUACUGCACCUAUACGCCAGACUAGUUUAAGUAGAGAUGGCUCAGUUUUAUUAUGUGUUUGUGACGAUGCUACUGUAUGGAGAUGGAACCGUGAACAUUAAUAUUUAUGUAAUACAUAAAAAGGUGCCUUCAUAUUUACAGAAUGUACUGCAUUAAGUGGUUACUUACUGCCUUUUAAUAUGGAGAAUCAUAAAGUUAUUCUUAUUAACAAUAGGUUGUUUAUUUAUUAGACAAUUCUUGUCAGAUAAUUGUACUAAUUUUAAUUCAUAAUUAAUUUAUGAAAAAAUUUAAUUUUGAGUAUUCAUGCAUACUAUUAUUAGUAUAUCUUGUAGUUGUAUGACUGGAAUUAAUUUUAGACAUAACUAUUGCAUAUAUAUAUAUAUAUACAUAAACAAUUUGUAAUUACAGGAACAAUGCGUAUAUAUUUCUAUUUUUUCAUAUACAGUAUUUUUAGAAAUUGUAUAAUGUUCAUGUCAGAAAAUAAAAUAUUCUGUACAUGUACUUAAUUUCAUCAUCAAUUUAUACAAUAAUGAAAUUUAUGCAAUAUCAGUUCAAAAUAUGAAAAAAUUAAUCUUCAGGAAAUACAAAAUUAUCAAAUACAAAUUGAAAUAUGCUAGAAGGAUAUUUUGAA